AAUUGUGUUUGAGUUUCAGUCUUCAAAGACGCUUUUGUUCUCUGCACCAGAGAAAGCAGUAAGCGAGGAAGGCCUCUGGCAUCUUUUCAGAUUUGAACAGGAAAGGAGCUCUGGCGGGUGAGACCAAAAGGCCGUCUCGUCCGGCAUCCUGUUCCCAACAGCUGAAAACCCCACCUGAGAAGCUCCCAAAGCAGGGCAUAAAAACAGUGGUGUCCUCUCCCCCAUGAAUCAUCUCUCAGCAUCGAGCACUUACAGGUACACUGCCUUCGAAUUUGGAGGCUCCACUUAGCCAUGGCGAUAGGUGGGUGGCAUUUGGAGCAUAGCCCCCACUGCUGUUUUGCGGCUGUGCAGAUUGUAACCCACCCAGAGAGCUCCAGCAACGGGGCAGUAAAGACUAAGAAUAAAAACAGCAUAGAAUUUUCUUUCCCUCUUGCCGUUUUGCAUGAGGCUUACGCAGAAUCGCCGUUGGUCCUGCCGAUCACGGUUAGAGUCGUGUCUGGUUUGGAGCACUGGUCGCUCGCUCACACGCACCUCCCAUUUGCAGAGGUGCCACCCCUUUUUCGCCACGCGUGUCGGCACGUGUUCUCCAUGUCUGCUAGCUCAGCCUCUGUCGCUAGAUCUGUUUCGGAGCCUCAGAUGGAAAGCACCUGAGCUGCACAUUCGUGGGCUGUUGACGAAAACACUGCCCCUUUUUUGCAAGUAAGAACAAGCCUUGCGUUAGCGACGACCUGUGGGACUCGCGCACUUAGGAAAGGAGCCAGUCUCUGCACUUGGGGAAUUCUGUGGCUAAAUGCUGUUGCAGCACGAGGCCAAAUGGAAAUUUACAUAAAUAAUUGAAACGAGCCCUUCCCUGCUGCCGUCUUGGAAGGAUGCUCGGCUAACAGAAAGACCGAGCUGCUAAUUGUGUGUUGAAGCAUCCAUACAUGUCGCCUCUGAUCUCGCAAAGCCCUUGGAGAUGUGCGUUUUGGGGGCAAAUACCCCACAGGAGAGUGUGGUUUAGUGGACAGUGUUUAACGCAGUCCUGGGAUAAAUCUCAGUCCUAACACUGAUCCUGGGCCAGUUCCAGCUUCCCAGCCUAACGUACUUUGUGGAUUGUUGAGCGAAUAAAGUGGAGCUCUGCGGGAUGUAUUUUCUUCACUGUUUUAUUCUUACGGAUUGCCCUUGAAUCCGUUUUUGAUGAAGAAAAAUAUGUAAAUGUUAAGUCGUAGUCAUUAAAAUAGAAGGGCACAGUUUGAAAAGCACCUAGUUCUUCUGUCAGAGGUAAAUCGAGUAGCCAAAGAAAUCCGGGUCUUUCCCUUAUUAGAUAAAUGCAGCGAAUAUGCACAGAUAUUUGCACGGAUCUCUCUUUAGGUAAUUAUAGCAGCAGAGAUGUAGGGCACUGAAGGCUUGCUCCUUAGCCAGCUGGUCCCCAACAAAUCCCUUGAGUUUUGAGACCAGCCACAUUCUGAACCUUCAGCUGGCCUUCCUUGCAAGUGUCUUUCUGGUGCACAAAGGCUAGAAGGUCAUUUAAGCGGGUGAUCCUUCCCCCUGAUCGUGCUGGAUAGCCAUCCUUUUCACACCAUGGUGCUGGAGGCGAGCUUUGGGGAUACCCUGGACCCCGAGAUGAACUAGGGGGUCCUAGACCCAGGCAAGCUAGAACUUUCCCUAGAAGCCAAAAAGGCGAAACGGAGGCUCUUGUACCUUAGGCACAUCACGAGAAGGCAUGACUUCCUGGAGAAGGCUGUGAUGUUAGGAAAGGCUGAGGGCAGGAGACCAAACAGGAGAUGGAUUGACUCCGUAAAGGAAGCCACCGCCUUGAGCUGGGAGAGCUGACGGCAGCUGUCACGGGCAGGAUGUCCUGGGGGCUUUCUUUCAUACGGUAGCCAUAGAUCGAAGACGACUCGAUGGCCCACAGCACCACCGACAAUGGAGAGGAAAGGGAGCUACGCAUAGGCAGCUGGGAGAGGAGGGCAGAGGUCGCCCGGAAGAGAACCCCACGGUACAAAACUCGCCCCGCUGCUGCGUUCUUUCAUGCCUCCUGCAUGUGGGCAUCGCGGAUGUGCACCCGUCACGCCACUGCCGUGGCCGCCUCUCUCACACACGCGGCACCAAGGACGGGCACGGGAGACGCCAUGGAACGUCCCUGGCAUCACCGCCCAUGGCAUUGUGGUGCAGCUGCGGUUUCUGGAGCGCCAUCAGCAGGAGGGACGCUGCCGUGAGUCCCCGGACGUCCCGCACCCCGGCCCGGGGCUCAGACCACUUUUGUCCUGCUUUGCUCACUAGCAGUGGGACUAAGCACGGUGUGUGGACAGAAGGCGGGAGAUCAUCCACCGGCAGCGCCUGGAGAGCCUCGUCGGCAGCAUGCCUGCCAGGCAGAACGCCGCCCUCCCUGGGCAGGGGCUUGGGAUCUGCCACGGGAAAAAGACAGGGGAAGAAAUUCCACCCAUGUGAGAAGCAAGAAGUGGGAGAUUAGAACUUCUCAGCGUGUGUUUGCAGGGCUGCUGUACAUUUCAGCCUUCGCCAACCAGCCUUGUUAGAUGUGUUGGACUGGAGCUGACUGGGAAUGAUGGGGCUUGAGGUCCAGUGCAUUUGGAAGCAGCCAAGAUCUUUCUCGAAUGCUGAGUGAAAAAACUCUUCUCACCUUUCCACAGAAAAGUAGUGUUUGUUUUCCUAAAAUCUGACCCAGCUCUGCCUUCCGCCUCAUCUUAUUUGCCCCUGUCACCACCUCAUUGUUGAAAGAACAGUGUGACUCCUGUUUUUGGAUUAUACGUACAGAGGGCUGGGAGAAUGUGCACAUGGGAAGGAGCAGGUGAGACUGGUCCAAGGACCUAGUCAAGUGUUCUCUUGAACAUGUACAGAAGUUCCUUCCGUGGCAAGUAGCUCCAGCUCUGGGGUCAAAGGUGGAGAUUUGGGAUUUUGGAGUGAAAUCGCUGGAAAAUGUUUGAAACACAAACAUCCGAUUACAAUUACCCCACCCCCCCAGCCCCGUGGCAGCAAAUGAUUUUUUAAGCUGCAGAUGCAGGCUUGAUUUCCUCGUCAUGGUGUGUGUUUUUCUUACACCAAUGCAUUUUCCUGGAGAAGGAGACCCAACUGCGUGGGGCCCCCAACGAGAAAGCCCCGCCUGUAUAGCCAUUGUAACCAGUGAUGGCCUCGUCCUCCAUCAUUUUUAAGGCUCUCCAAACUGGGGGCCGCCACCACCUCCUCCUGUGACUGCACAUGGGCCACCUUUAACUGUGUGUUACCUGGAAAAGUCCGUCCUUUUACGUGUCCUGAAUCUCCCACCAUCCAGCAAAUCGGGAAAAUGUUCGCCUCUGCUUCCUCACUGGGCAACACAAGAUGAAGACUGUCUGGCAGGCCGCCAGCUGCCCGGCCCUGCUCCGAGGAGGAGUCCCCGCUUCUCCCUGCACCGCAGGUACCCCGGCCAGCUUCGCCGCGCGGUGGAGGCUUUGACCUUUCCCCUGGCAUGGAGACAGGUGGCUCCACCCGCUGAACUUUCUGCCAGUGAUGCAACCGUCGCUCUCUGGGCGUGCCUCCCCACGAAGGAUGGAUUCUCUCUGCCACUCAGGUGCCCGGGGGCUCCCACUCCAGCGCGCAUUCCCCAGAAGUGAUGCAUGGAGAGAUGCGAAAGGCAUUCUGCUUGGAGAGCAGGUAACGGCGCUGGGCUGGUGACAGUUCCACGUUCCCAUCGAUCUCCGUGCGGAAGCUAGUGGGACGCUCGAACCCGGAGCCCCGUGAAUCGGAGCCUGGCCUGCUCCAUCACUGCAGCAGCUGAUCGAAACAACCAACUUGCUGGCCAGGAGAUUACAAGGAAGAUGAAGGAGUCCCGCUGCCUCACCGUGGCCACCGCUUUGCUGACGCUGGUCGCCCUGAAGGCCUACAUCGAAUGGACUGCCGAGCAGGACGAGCAGUUGCCGGCCCCGCAAGACAGCAGGUGGCACAGCAGCUCCAUCACACCCGUCACACCCGUCUGGCCCUCGGAGGAGGACUGGCUCACCUUUGUUCGGCAGCACUUCAACGAGUCCCUGCAGCAGCUCCGGCAGACCAUUCCGAGAGCAAAGGCCUACUGGAAUGCCAAGCAGCACCAGCUCUUCCGGGCCGUGGAGGGCCGCCCGGUCCACACCAAUGACUCCCAGAGCGAAUGCUCUGGUCCCACAACGGCAGAGAAGACGGCCAAGAUCAAAGAUUUUGAGUCCUACUCAGAGCUUCACAAGAAUUUCAUUCUCUACGACAACUGCCGGACCUUCCCGCUCUUGAUCAACCAGCCAGACAAGUGCAACGGUACCAAGGACCGCACGUUCCUGCUCUUGGCCAUCAAGUCCCUGCCCAAGAACUUUGCGGCCCGGCAGGCCGUGAGAGACACGUGGGGGCGGGAGGGGGAGCCCGGUGGACUGCCGGUCCGCACGGUCUUCCUGCUGGGCACGGGGCAGAGCCGCUACGGCCUCCGGCUGCAAAACAUGGUGGCGUUUGAGAGCCGCACGUACGGCGACAUCUUGAUGUGGGACUUCGAGGACACCUUCUUCAAUCUGACGCUCAAGGACUUCCUCUUCCUCAACUGGACCCUGGAGUAUUGCCGGGACGUCCGUUUCAUUCUCAAGGGAGACGACGACGUAUUUAUCAACACCCCACAGGUCUUGAGCUACCUGAGCUCUGUAGACAGCCACAGGCCCCUCUACACGGGCCAGGUGGUGUCAAACGCCUCCCCGUUCCGCGUCCACAGGAGCAAGUACUACAUCCCAGAAUCCUUCUACGUGGGCCCAUACCCUGCCUACGCGGGGGGCGGGGGCUACAUCUUCUCGGGGCCUCUUGUCCGGUGGCUUCACCUCGUCUCGCGAUACAUCGCCUUCUACCCCAUCGAUGACGUCUACACCGGGCUCUGCUUCCACGCCCUGGGUAUCCUCCCCGAGGCCCACCCCGGCUUCCAGACCUUCGACAUCGCCGAGAAGGACCGGAUGGACCCCUGUGUACACAGCAAGCUCCUCCUGGUGCACCGGCGCAGCCCCCACCAAACUCUUGACCUCUGGAAGCAGAUCAAGGACCCCAACCUCAAGUGCUGAAGCCAGCCGGGAAUGAGCAGACCUGAGUGGGGAGGGGGGUGUUGGAGGCCCACCUGUUCAGGUGCAGAAGGGGAAGCCGAGGGAGUUAGAAACUGGCGGAUUUUGGGGCCAUGGUUGGGAGUGGUCGGGCGCUGGUGUUGGGUGGAGGCGGCAUGGCUCAGCACAGAUCCAGGCUCCUUCUGAAAGUUGGAGACGGAAAAGAAGCUGUCGCCGUCAGCCCAGGCUGAGGGCCCCAGCGGUUUUGGACAGAAAUAAGAUUCGGAAACAGAGGCCUUUGGCCCAGUCCAGCUCUCCUCCUCUUAGAUUUGCAUGCAGAGCAAUGAUUGCCUGCUUUGGGAUACCAGGGAGGUGAAGGAAAAGUCGGCAUGUGCAAAGAAGCAGAUCUGUUGAAUGCAGGGUGUAAAAGGAUUGGGACUUUUGCCAAGGGUUAUCAGAAAUGGAAUGGGACGGCUACUCGGAGCAAAGCUUGUUUGACACAUUCCGUGCCCACUUCAGUUCCUAGAACCGGCAGCUGAAGUGACCUUCGAGUACAGCAAGGCUGGGGAAAUCCAAGGAGACCCAGCCAGGCAUGAACGGCACUGGAUCAGGUGGCCCAACAGGUCCGCCUGGUUAAGAGGCCUAGUUUUCGGUCCUUGACCAAAGUUAAAUGUAUUGCAAGGGUUGUAUCAAAUCAGGGAGACGCAGCAGCACCGCAAGGUCAGGGGAUAUUCCUGCAGAUUUUGAAGGGCGAUGUUGUCCCCGUCACCCUUCAGCGCCCCCAGACUGGAAGGAGGCAUCAUCGCUCCCUUGAGGACACCCUUGCUAAAUUCCUGUUCCAACUUGUAUUGACUUGACAGAAUGAGAGAGUCAUUUCAGGUGCUUUCAAAACGUUUGAUGAAAACAUGGGCUCACGCCAGCGCAGCCACGUAUUGCAAACCAGCUACCAGAAUCAGUAGCACUAGAAAUCCAAAAGAUCAGAACGGAUACCCCUCGUUCUUUCCACUUAAGCAAGUACAGAGGAAGGGAUGCAUCGGCAUGGUCUCGCGUGCCAGGGGAACCCUUCCCACCCCCUUCCCACGGUGCCUCUCUAACGGGGCCUGGCACAGAGAAAUUGGAAAGGCAAACUUUGUACAACCAAAUGCGGGGAAAAAACUUCGCCCACCGAAUUUUGGUAUGCUGAGCUGGUUUUGCAAGCGCAGGAGGGCAGGAAAGGGGGGGGGGCAAUUGUCCUGGAGUGCCCCAACUCUGGCUGGCCCCAGCUCAUCACCUUGCUGCUUCUCGUUUUUCUCACCUGCUUUUUCCCUUAGCUAACCUUUGCAUUUCCUUUCCAUGAAAAGUUCUGUUCCUUGAAGUAUUUUCCACAACUGUUCGCCCUGUGAUGCACUCUUCUAGGGCGAGUGCAGCCACUGUUGGGUAAACACAGCAGUCAAGGAAACGAGUGUGCGCUGGCGGCCUUGCCAACCACCUAGUGUUGAAGCAUGCCUGAAAAAAUGUACACCAUCCAGGAUUUGAAAAAAUAGCUGCUCUCCUAAAUUGCUGGCUGUUACUUCUUCCUAGGCUGCAUCUUGCAUAGAUGACUGAAGGAGGCUCAAGACUUUCCGUGAGACCUAUUUAAUUAGUGGGACAAGCGCAUUUUCCCCGUACCGGAAGGAUAGACAGACAAAAUAAAACGUGUCUCGGGCA